AUGCAUGCUGGAAGUUGGACAAAGCUGACUUUGACUGAGUUGAAGGACUUGUGUGCAGCUUGUGGCCUCUCCAUAGAGGGUAAUAAAGAAGAGCUAGGUGAAAGACUACAUGCUUAUUUUGACAAAAGAAAAGAUAAAGGGCCGGAGGUGCAGUUGAAGGGGAGUAAUAGAGAACAAGAACCAGGGCCCAGGAAUGCUUAUGAUAGGACAAGAGAAGAAGUGGAUAAUAGGAUUAGAGAGGAAUUUGCAACGUGUUUUAGAGGAAAAGAGAAAGUAAAGUCAGUUCCUGUUGAUGUUUUUCUGACUGCUUUAAGUAAUAUUGAAAGAAAGAUGGAUAGGAAUUUCUCUGCAUUGUAUAGAGAGAUUGAAGAUGAAGAUAGGUUAGAUGAAGCUUGGCCAAAAGUUAAAUUAUCAAGACCACGUGACCAGCAUGAGUAUGAUUUUUUGGCAAAGAUUGGUAAACAUUUGGAUAAGGCAAUCAGGGUGUUGCCAGAGUCUAAUAGGAAGAAAAUUGUUAGUGUGCGUGAAGAAGUUGAGUCACUCUGA